GAAAAACUUUUAUCCCCAUGUCCUUUAGAUCGGACUAAUGUGGUUGGAGUCCGAAGUCUCGUGAUCACGGCUAAGCUUCGGCGUGGUUCGCGCGUUCCGGGUUUUCUCGCAUCGACCUUUGCUCGAGACAGCUUUUCGAGCUCCUUACCACAACCACUCCUCUCUACACCCCCUCGAACUCCUUCAGAAUGUUCAGGAGCGCAUUCCCACGCUCCUUGCGGGCGGCUUCAAACCUUACCCGUCCUCGUUUCCAACCCAUCAGAAAGAGCUUUGCUCCAGCAGUAGCGUCGAGAUUCGCAUCGACUGCUUCGGCAAAGGAUGGCAAGAUUCAUCAGGUCAUCGGUGCCGUCGUCGACGUGAAGUUCGAGACAGAGCAGCUGCCCGCCAUUCUAAAUGCCUUGGAGACCGACAACAACGGCCAGAAGCUUGUCUUGGAAGUUGCGCAACAUUUGGGUGAAAAUGUGGUUCGCUGCAUUGCCAUGGAUGGUACCGAAGGUCUCGUUCGGGGUGCCAUAGCUACUGAUACUGGCUCGCCCAUCAUGAUUCCUGUCGGCCCAGGUACUCUCGGCCGUAUCAUGAACGUCACGGGUGACCCAAUUGAUGAGCGUGGACCCAUCAAGGCCACCAAGAAGCGCCCUAUUCACGCCGAUCCACCAGAGUUCGUUGACCAGUCAACCUCCGCUGAAAUUCUCGUUACUGGCAUCAAGGUCGUCGAUUUGCUUGCCCCGUAUGCCCGUGGUGGUAAGAUCGGUCUCUUCGGCGGUGCUGGUGUCGGCAAAACCGUGUUCAUCCAAGAGUUGAUUAACAACGUCGCUAAGGCCCACGGUGGUUUCUCUGUGUUCACUGGUGUUGGUGAGCGUACCCGUGAAGGUAACGAUCUGUACCACGAAAUGCAGGAAACCUCGGUCAUUCAGCUCGAUGGUGAAUCCAAGGUCGCACUGGUGUUCGGUCAGAUGAACGAGCCACCAGGUGCUCGUGCCCGUGUUGCCCUGACCGGUUUGACUGUUGCCGAAUACUUCCGUGAUGAGGAGGGCCAGGAUGUGUUGCUCUUCAUUGACAACAUCUUCCGCUUCACUCAGGCCGGUUCGGAAGUGUCUGCCUUGCUUGGUCGUAUUCCAUCUGCCGUCGGGUACCAGCCAACCCUCGCCGUCGAUAUGGGUGCCAUGCAGGAACGAAUUACUACCACGCAAAAGGGCUCGAUUACCUCCGUCCAGGCCGUCUACGUGCCAGCUGAUGACUUGACUGAUCCUGCACCAGCCACCACAUUCGCUCACUUGGAUGCUACCACUGUGCUUUCCCGUGGUAUCUCCGAGUUGGGUAUCUACCCAGCCGUCGACCCGCUUGAGUCUAAAUCCCGUCUGCUCGAUCCACGUGUUAUCGGUGAGGAGCACUACAACACCGCCGCUCGUGUGCAACAGAUGCUUCAGGAGUACAAAUCGCUCCAGGAUAUCAUUGCUAUCCUCGGUAUGGACGAACUGUCUGAAGCUGACAAGCUUACUGUCGAGCGUGCCCGUAAGCUGCAGAGGUUUUUGUCACAGCCAUUUGCUGUCGCUGAGGUCUUCACUGGUAUCGAGGGUAAGCUCGUGGACUUGAAGGACACCAUCAGGAGUUUCAAGGCUAUCAUCAACGGCGAGUGCGACGAUCUGCCAGAAGGUGCAUUCUACAUGGUCGGUGAUAUCGAGUCCGCACGAGCGAAGGGUGAGAAGAUCUUGGCUGAGCUGGAGGGAAAAUAGAUGGUGGUUCAUCGAAGAGGAGGUGAAGACGCUUGCACAUCACGAGUCAUAUCCUCACUCUCUCAUGGCGCAAUUGUACAAAAACACAACUCGAGAGACAACAAAAGCUAGAGGGGGCCAACAUGUGGGUCUAUCACGUCUUUCCUCUUUGAGCGUGUAAUCUAGGUCUUUUUCUGCUGUGAAUGUGCUGAACUUUUCCUUUGUUCGA